CAUGGGAAUUGGUCUUUCUGCUCAAGGUGUGAACAUGAAUAGACUACCAGGUUGGGAUAAACAUUCAUAUGGUUACCAUGGGGAUGAUGGACAUUCAUUUUGUUCUUCUGGAACUGGACAACCGUAUGGACCAACUUUUACAACUGGUGAUGUCAUUGGCUGUUGUGUUAAUCUUAUCAACAAUACCUGCUUUUACACGAAGAAUGGACAUAGUUUAGGUAUUGCUUUCACCGACUUACCGCCAAAUUUGUAUCCUACUGUGGGGCUUCAGACACCAGGAGAAGUGGUUGAUGCCAACUUUGGGCAACAUCCUUUUGUGUUUGAUAUAGAAGACUACAUGCGAGAAUGGAGAACCAAAAUACAGGCCCAGAUAGACCGGUUUCCUAUUGGGGAUCGAGAAGGAGAGUGGCAGACCAUGAUACAAAAAAUGGUUUCAUCUUAUUUAGUCCACCACGGUUACUGUGCCACAGCAGAGGCCUUUGCCAGAUCUACAGACCAGACUGUUCUAGAAGAAUUAGCUUCCAUUAAGAAUAGACAAAGAAUUCAGAAGUUGGUGUUAGCAGGACGAAUGGGAGAAGCCAUUGAAACAACACAACAGUUAUACCCAAGUUUACUAGAAAGAAAUCCUAAUCUCCUUUUCACAUUAAAAGUACGUCAGUUUAUAGAAAUGGUGAAUGGUACAGAUAGUGAAGUACGAUGUUUGGGAGGCCGAAGUCCAAAAUCUCAAGAUAGUUACCCUGUCAGUCCUCGGCCUUUUAGUAGUCCAAGCAUGAGUCCCAGCCACGGAAUGAGUAUCCACAAUUUAGCAACAGGCAAAAGCAGUACUGCACAUUUUUCUGGUUUUGAAAGUUGUAGCAAUGGUGUAAUAUCAAAUAAAGCACAUCAAUCAUAUUGCCACAGUAAACACCAGUUACCCAGUUUGAAUGUACCAGAACUAAACAGUAUCAAUAUGUCAAGGUCACAGCAAGUUAAUAACUUCACCAGUAAUGAUGUAGACAUGGAAACAGAUCACUACUCCAAUGGAGUUGGAGAAACUUCAUCCAAUGGUUUCCUAAAUGGUAGCUCUAAACAUGACCACGAAAUGGAAGAUUGUGACACCGAAAUGGAAGUUGACUCCAGUCAGUUAAGACGUCAACUGUGUGGAGGAAGUCAGGCUGCCAUAGAAAGAAUGAUUCACUUUGGCCGAGAGCUACAAGCCAUGAGUGAGCAGCUGAGGAGAGAAUGUGGCAAGAACACAGCAAACAAGAAAAUGCUGAAGGAUGCAUUCAGUUUACUAGCAUAUUCAGAUCCUUGGAACAGUCCAGUUGGAAAUCAACUUGACCCAAUUCAGAGAGAACCUGUGUGCUCAGCUCUUAACAGUGCAAUAUUAGAAACUCACAAUCUGCCAAAGCAACCUCCACUUGCCCUAGCAAUGGGACAGGCCACACAGUGUCUAGGACUGAUGGCUCGAUCAGGAAUUGGAUCCUGUGCAUUUGCCACAGUGGAAGACUACCUACAUUAGCUAUGCACUUCAGGAGCUCACACUUACAUUGUGGCAAGUAGUCAACGUGGAAGUAGACCGGCUCUGCUGAUUUGAAAUUUAGAUUUUUUUAAUUAUGUACUGGGGACAGGUUUUUGUCGCUUUACAUUGCUUCCUAGUUUACAGCAUGAUGCAAAUGAUUUUCUAACUUAGUGUUAGGAGAAAAUAUUUUCCAUCUUUUAACCUCUUAGUUGUCUAAGAGUUAAAUAUUACUGAAUUUCAGACGUUCAAAUUGAUCAUCAGAAAUCCUUUAAAACAAUUACCUAAAAGAAACCAAAAAUCCUGCCUUCUUUGUUGGGGGGAGAAGGGGGGAAGGAAAUGGAACAAGUUGUGUUUGUGUUAGCAUGUGGGUGAUGUAAACUACAAAUUGGGAGCUGUUCUGACCCCCGCUCCUGUGUAACCAUUCAAUCAGUGUAACUUGCAAAAUGCAUAAACAUCCGACAGUCCGAAUUUAAUAGUGUUGAUGGAAGAAAUCAUUUCUAAUGUGUACUGUAAAACUUGAAAUACUCAGGAGCUGAGUGAGUAUGUUUGUUGCUACUUACAAUCCCAGCCUGUUGUCCCAGUAGUUUUGUUUUUAACAUGGUCUUUUUCAACUUUGUUUCCUGUUUAACUACAGAUGACUUCUGUUGUAGACUCACAAGUUUAACUGUUGUAUUAUAACAGUAUUACAUGUCAACAGUGUGGUUAUGACCUUUAUUUAUAUAAAAACCAAAUAUUUAGUCAA